AUGACUACUCAAAGGUUUCAAUUCUGGAAGAAAUUGGAAGCAGAUUUUUGGCAUAAAAAAUCAGGUGUUAAUUGGUUUAAAGAAUCCGAUAAUAAUACUGCUUUUUUUCACUCUUUUGCUAAUAGAAGAAGGUCUAGAAAUCAUAUUUCUUCCUUGAGAGAUGAUCGAGGUCAAUGGUAUCAUACUCAAAAAGAUUUGGAAAUUCUUCUUACCAAACACUUCUCUGGGAUAACUCAAUCUACAAAUCCAAAGUUUGAGGAUACUUCUUUUGACAUCAUAACUCAAUCAGUCUCUGAAGAUGAUAAUACCUUCUUAAUCUCAAUUCCAUCAGAGGAUGAAAUUUUUAGCGUGCUUAAGAAUAUGCCUAGAUGGAACUCUUCAGGGCCUGAUGGUUUCCGACAUGAUUCUUUUUAUCCCAAUGGAAUACUGUUGGUAGUAACGUGGUCAACCAGAAUGAAGCCAUUGAUGGAGAAAAUUAUUUCUCCUACUCAAGCGACUUAUGUUCCUAGAAGGUAUAUAAAUGACAACAUAGUGACGGCUCACGAAUUGGUUCACACUAUGAAGAAAUCUAAAAAGAAAAAUGGCCUUGUAGCGCUUAAGCUUGAUAUGUCGAAAGCCUUCGAUGGAAUUGAGUGGGCUUUUAUUGAUAGAAUGUUAUUUUCUCUUGGGUUUUGUGAAGAUUGGCGUAAUAUGGUUAAAUCUUGUUUAGAAAACUUCUGCACUAUAUCUGGACAGAUGAUCAACUUUUCAAAAUUGUCAGCUUUUAAAGUUGACAUCAUGAAUGCUCUUGGUGUUAAACAACUUUCCUCUUCUAAUAAAUAUCUAGGUCUGCCCAUUUUAUUAGGCAAAUCAAAGGUUAAUUCCUUUGUUUCUAUACAAGAAGCUGAUGAACAUAGAUUUCAGGGGUGGGUUUCUAAAACUCUUAAUCAGGCAGAUCGCUCGACUUUGGUCAAAAAUCUUGAAAUAUUUAAUAAAGCUUUGCUCAUAAAAUUAGCCUGGAGGUUGUGUACUGAGUAUAAAACAAUUUGUACUCAACUUAUGAAGGUUAAGUACUCUCCAUAUACUUCUUUUCUUCAUCUUCAGGAUUCGCCUUCUACUCCAUCUUGGAUUUGGAAUGGUAUAGAUUUAGGUCUGUCUUAUGUAAGAAAGUUUAGCAGAUGGGAAGUGAGAGAUGGUAAAAGCAUAUCGGUUUGGGAAGACAAAUGGAUAAUAGGGUUAGAUUCUCCACCUAAACCAAAUGACUCAUUCAGAGAGCCAGCUGCCAUCGUGUUUGUAUCUGACUUAUUGUUGGAUAAACCUAGAAGAUGGAACAUACAGUUAGUUCUGGAUUUAUUUGAUUUUCAUACAUCUCAACUAAUUCUCAAAAUGUAUAUAGGUCAGGAGGGUAAAGAUAGACUUAUUUGGGAACCAAAUAGAUCAGGCUCCUUUUCAGUCAAAUCUACUUAUAAAGCCUUAUCUAAAUUGGAAAAUGUUCAUUCUCAGUUAUGUUCUGCAACUUUUAAUGUUAACUAG